UGAAUCUAACGCCCGUCAGCGUUCGAUUUUUUUUACACAGUAACAAUCGCUCGGCAGUUAUGAAAUGUUGUACGAAAUCCGGUCCGUUUCGGGAGUGCUCCGUAAAGAAAUCGCGAUCUUUGACAGCACAUUCCUGUUACGAUCGACUCAAUUUAGUGUGUAAAUUUUUCGGGAUAGUUCACCUUUUUAGCGUCAAUGGGGAGCAAAACUCAAGGAGACGGAUUAUGCAGCUGUUAAAUUAUUUGACAAUGGUUGCAUCGUUAAUGAUGUACACUUGGAUAUCACGACGUGCUAUUGGAGAUACUGUGAUGAAGACAACGAAAUCAGUGAUUAUGGGCCGUAUUAUGGACAGCGUGCAUACCCAUUACAGUUUAUUACUUUUGGUUUCGCUGCUUAUUGGACAGCAUCUUCACAGGAAGUCCGAGGAAAUUCCAAACUUAUUGCAUUUUACAGACUGUCAAAUCAAGCAAUAUGGAAUUAACGUUCACCUCAAAGGAUUCUACAGGCUCAUGAACGGUUGCUUUUUAAUUUGUCUGAUGUUAUCUUUCGCACUUUGUACACUAGGGUUCUUACUAUUGGAAUGGAAAGAACCACUUCCAGUGGCAGUUAAACUAACGAUGCUCCUUUCACAAUACAUCCAACUGUGUUACGGCGUCAUGAGCCUGCAUGCAACUUUCACCGUGCUGACCAUUAGUCUUCGCUUCCGAGCGCUGAAUCGACUGCUGAGAAUGUACUUUCCCACUUCGCCAACAUCCGGAGGAUUGAUAACAACGACAGGACACACGGAAACUGUUAUUUGUAACGAAAAGGAACAACUGGCCGUAUUGAAGCAGAUCAAAAUUUUACACGACAAGCUGAAUGACGUGGUCGAACUGGUCAAUUAUUGCUUUUCUGUGCAGAUAACCUUUUGCGUCGGACUGUGCUUCGUCAUUGGAGUCGUGUGCUCGUUUGGUCUGUUCCGAGCGUUCAUCUACCGAAACGAAUUAUUCUACAUGGGAGUCCUGAACUUCAUUUGGUACUUGUACUAUCUGUUUUUCGUACUGUUCUUCAUAGCAGUGGGAAGCAAGAUUACACGAGAGGGCAAACGAAUCGGAGUGCUUGUGCAUAAAGCCAUCAAUUGUGCAACGUCGAGUGCGGUGAUUAACGAGUUGAACAUCUUUUCUCAGCAGCUGCUGCACCGGAGCCCGGUAAUUACCUGUGGGUUGUUUGUGUACGACUGGACUUUGCUCUACACGAUGAUUGGUGCCACAGCAACAUAUCUAAUUAUUCUGAUACAGUUCGACGUAUCGUUUCCUAAUUUAGUGAACGUGAAUGGCACAACCACGACCACACCGGGAGACUGAACUGUGUCAAAACCAACAUCCGCUCUGACGGUGUCAACGUCAACGUUUUUGAUCCACAACACGACCAAUUCAGUAAACAAUUGGAAAUUACUGAGGACAGCAUAAUUUUUAAUACUGUGUAUUGUACUAAAUGUAAACUACAAAAGUAAACUCGAUCCACGUUAAACAAUGUUUACGUGAAAAGCA